UCGUCGCACCCAGUACGAUGCCGACCACGCAGGAGACACUCGCACUUGUGCAGUCCCUGUCGGCCUACCUCAACAGCACGCUCGCCCUCGUCUCGCAACCUUCUUCCUCCUCCUCGACCUCGACCACGACCACUCCUCCCUCGCUCGCCGACGUCCGCAACGACCUCUCGCUCCUCUUGGCCGAAUCGAACAAGCACCUCACCGCCGCCUCCCUCGCCUGCAAGCCCCCAAUCGCCCUCGACGCCCUCCACGGCUCCCUCGCCAAGCUCGAGGCCACCUUCCCCAAACUCCGCUUCGCCCUCGAGCACCUCGCCGCCGGCUCGUCCGCGCAGUCGAGCACCCGGCUCGCGCGCAAGCUCCGCUGGGGCGCCCGCGAGGCCCUCGAGGCCUUUGCCGCCCACCUCGCCGCGACCGCCGCCCUCCUGCGCGCCGCACCGUCAGCCCAGCGCCAGAAGCGCGACCACGUCCUCGUCGCGACAAAGGGCGUCUGGGCCGCCCUCGAGCGCUUUGACGCCCUGCCGCGCACCCGCCUCGAGGCCGAGCGCGAGGCGUGGAAGGACGCCAUGGCCAUGCUCGACGACUGCGCCGACGAGGUCAAGGCGCUCGCCGCCAGGGACGGGGCAGGCGGACGAGGGGACGAGGGUGGGACAGACGGCGACGAGGGAGAGCGGGAGGACGACGACGAGGGGGAGGAGGACGAGUCGCCCUUGACGGCGACCGAGCGCUCUCGAGCCCUCCUCGCCGCACAGCUCGUCCGCCUCGCGCGCCUCCUCCUCGCCCACCUCUACCAGCGCACCUCCCCUCCACCUGCAUCCACACCUCCCACCACCCCGCCAACGCCCGCCGUCCCCGCCUGGACCCGCCCGGCACUCCUCGACGCCGCGAGCGCGCACGCGUCGGCGCUCAGCGAGGCCGGCGACGAGCUCGCGGGCGUGCUCGAGCCGGGCCAGGACGCCGACGAGGUCGCAGACGCGGUCGAGGAGCUGUGCGACGCGGCUGAGGAGCUCGCCGCGGCGAUGGAGCGUGCGCUCGACGAGGGCGGGAGCGGCGAGGGUGAGCGGGAGGACGAGGCGCGAGCGGCGGCGGCGAGCGAGGCGACGGACAAGGAGCGAGAGUGGCUCGCCAUGUGGAGGAGGCAGCGCGACAAUGCGCGGGACAAGCUCGCAGGGAUCUAGCGCGCGGGCGAGGAGCGAGACGAGGUCGUCGAGUAACUCUCUUUUACAAGCAUCU